GGGGCAACAAGACGAUUGUAACCGCACAAAUGCGCUAUUCAUUCCCGCAGCAAGCAAUAAUUGAUGCCUAAUGACUACAGAACAAAAUGCAGUACACGUUGAGCAAGACAUAAGCCCCGGAGAGCAACCCGCAGACACAUCGGUGCACGUCGAGCAGGACGUCAACCCCGGCGAGCUCGUAGACGACCGGAGCAUAGUAGUAGCCGUGACGAGCCGCCGCAAGCUAGGCAAACAGCUCACGAUCGCGCGCUGCGUCGUGGACGAAGUGCGAGGCGAGUUGAGUGGCGGCCUCGCACGAAAUGAAAUUAUCGACGUCGUCGCGGGCGGCGCGUCGGCCAAGGCCUUUGCCGCGGGGCCGGCGCAGCGGCCGCGGCACCGUCUAGGAGCGGUGGUGAUUGAAGCAAAACCGAGCCGGAGCGGCCGCCGCGUCGCGCGCGUGCUGCGCUACGACGGCGCCGUCGCGCCGGUUGUCGCAGAGCCGCAAGUAGUGGAUGAAGCACCGAAGACCGAUAGAGCCGAGGUCUUCGCCGCGUGGCUCGACGAGAAAUUUGGACGGGAGCGCCUCGAAACAGUAGUCGACGUCGCCGGCGGCAAGGGCGCCGUCGCCGCGGCGCUGUUGCGGCGAGGCGCCUCGAGGAAGGCGACGGUGAUCGACCCCGUGGGCUUGGAUAGAAACCACGCGGGCGAGGCCAAACAAGCAAGCGUCGACGACGCCUUCUCGGAGGCGGUGCGCCUGCUCAAGGAGCCCUUCGCCUACCCGCCCUCACAAGCGUCGAAAGCACUACUAGCAGAAGCCACGUGCGUCGUCGCGAUGCACCCCGACGAGGCGACGGAGCCGGCCGUCUGCGCCGCGGCGUCGUUGGGUCUGCCCUUCGCCGUCGUGCCUUGUUGUAUUUUUGCCUCGAAGUUUCCGCACCGGCGCCAGUUCUGGAAGUGCGACCCCGCGCAAGCCAAAAGGGGUGUGAAAGAUUGGGACACUUUUUGUGCUUAUUUAGCUGAGCGGGCGGCGGCGCUUGGUAGUUGCGACGUGAAGAUUGAUGAGCUUGCUUUGGUCGGGCGCAACAAGGUCGUCUAUUCGCUCGGGGCCGCUUCGAAACCGUACGUGACCUGGCCCGGGGACUGCGUCGCCCACGUCGCGUCCUAUUUACCUCUGGACGCCCUCUGCCUCGGGUCCCCGCGGUGCGUCGACAAGGAGUGGCGGUUUCAUAGUGAUCGGUCGCUGCGGCUGCGGCUGCACGAGGUGCGUUCGGAGAUCAAGCGGUCAGACGACCGGCUCGAGGUGGGGUCGGAACUGCCCAGACCUCAUCUGGGGGCGCGGCGCGUGGCGAACGCCGCCGAGCUCCGGAGCGCCCUCGACGAGGAAGGGAGUUGGGCCAGGAGUUGGCGCUGCGCGAUUCGACUUGCCGCGGCGGUCCACGGCGUCGUCCUCGGGCCCGCGUACGUCUCGCACCCCCACCAGACGGGGCGUCCUUUUCUCUUCGUGGAGCGGGCGCAGCUGUGCGUCAGGUCGGGCUGCCACAUAUGCUCCCUCCCUGUCCAGAUCCCUCGAUUUGCCUACAUUACGCCCUGGGACAAACGGAAGAUCAUCCAACCAGCAGUUCGGGGGUUCUUGGCGCGGCGCCGCGCGAGACGGCUUCGGGCAGAACGGUCGUUGUGUUGUUAGAUUAAGCUGUGAUAGUUUAGAGACGCGAGGGGGCAGGGGUU